GGAGGGAUAGUUUCGAUAUCCAUGAACCAAGGGUUUUUGAAUGAUAUUGGGCAGGUGGUUGCUUCAGAAGGGGGAGAGAGCUUUCAGGGAAGGAGUAGGGUGAAAGGCUACAGGAGGGAUUCAACCAGACUAAUAAUACAAAGAAAAUUAACUCAAGUUAAAAAUCUGUUGCUUGAUUAAAGGAGGAGGAUUUAACUGAAUAGAAGCAUUUGAUCUUCCAAGAUACGAUCAUCUAAGGACUAAUGGAGAAUUGUACUGUUGGUAAGGCCUGUAGGGGAGGGAAAACAAUUUUAGAGAGCAAGAACCAAAUCUAUAGCAGCAUGAUUCUAUGUGAAGUGGGUUGGACUUAGUUGCACCUCCAAAGAAGAGAUUAUGGUUGCAGUGGCAUUUCACAUGAUGAUGUUGCAAUGACCUUGAAAUCUGUGAGGCACAUGAGCCAAAUGGAAGGUGCUUCUUUAGAAGCACUUGCUAAGGGGGCAGUGCAAUUCUCUCGCCGGUACACCUUUGAAGAACUAAAAAAUCGAUGGCAUUCUUUGUUAUAUGAUCCUGAUAUUUCAGCUCAAGCCUCUGCUUGCAUGGUUGAGCUUCAAGGUUCUUCCAAAGUUAAAGAAAGCAAAAUAGUUCGUGAGAAAAGGAAAAUUGGAAGCAUACGCAAACAAUACUUUUCCAUGAGAAAGAGAAUUCGAAGUGAAUUUUUUAGUUCUGAUGAUCUAGGUUUUCUUACUGAACCUGAUGUUCAUAACUGCACUGGAAAUGGAGCCGACUUUCAUGGCCAGGUGACUCUGCAUAAUGUGCCUUCAGUUGUCAACUCUAUGAUAAGAGAUUGUAUCCCAAACCAUUUUGGGCUUCAAGAAUCAGAUUUUGAUAUGCUGCAUGAUACCUUUCCACAGACAAUAACAGAUAUUACUGCCACCAAUGCCAUUGCUGAUGUUGGCAAUGCAUUUCGUUCGGAAGACCAGGAUUCACUUGCAGCUAAUCAGAUAAGCACAAUUGCUAGGAACAAUUGCUUGCAUGGAUUUCCUGAAGAUGUUUCCUCCUUAUCUGUCCAAGGAUCACUGAGAAAUGAGGGAAACAAAUCUUUUGAACAGACUCAUGAAAUCAAAGACAUUCCUCAUAAUGUUGAAGAUAAUCAAGUAGACUUUGGGAAAUCCUCAGGUGUGGAGGAAAUGGAUACGUCAAGAUCACUUUCAUGUACAAAACUACUUGAAACUGAUGGUUCAGAGGCAAAGCCCUUGUCUACCUUUGACUCUUCGAAUAGUAAGCUUGAAGAUGACUGCUCUGAAAUUGGAGCAAAGCAGCACUUUGGUUGUCUUACUGCAGACUGUAGCGACUCAUUUCAUACCAUGGGAUUUUCAUCUCCAUUGCCUAGCAUGCCUCUUUGGAAGACAAUGGAGGAUAUCUCAGCACCUUGUAUGCCGAUCAAUAAUAGUCCUGAAGAUAAAGGGCAGGCUGCAGAAUAUGUAUCUGAACUUCCUGAUAAAGAUAAUGCUAAAAGUAAAAGUUCAUUAGAGCAUGCUGUUAGGCAUUCAGGAGCCACAUUGGCUGACAAACAUAAUAGUGAUGGCUUCUUUAGUUCAGCUGCUAUAUCAGACAGUGAAUUUGUAGACCUCCCAGACUCACUUUUGGACUUCUCAAAUGAGGAUGGGGUUCUCUUUGUGGAUGUAGAUCGGAAAAGCACAUUGGAUAAGUCUGGUUGUGAUACCACACUGGAGUCUGGCUACCAUAAUAAACUGCUUUUGAGUUCUUCCAAAGAUGUUGAUGAGGGUGAUCCAGCCAAAGUUGAACCCAAGACGAUUCUUCCAAGUACUGGCAUUGCUGCUGGUGAUGGUUCAUGUGUAGGCAAGCCAGAGGCUAUUGCAUCCCAUUUUCACACUGCUUCUAGUGAUCAGCAAAGUGUUCCUCAUUCAGGAAACAGAAUGCUAUCUGCAUCAAUAUUAAAUAGCAAGUCUCAUGAGCGUAGUGAAGGGAUUAUUAUCUGCACAUUGAACACUGAAGACCCAGAAAUCCCAUGCAAUGAUGAUAUAUUUUUGCUCAUCCAUCCAGCUACAGCAUUUAAUUCGUCUACUAUAUCACCAAUCACUAUUGAUACUAUGUCCUGCGGUAAUGAGAAGGGUAAUGGACAAUGUCUAAAUUUGACGAAGAAAGUAGAAGAUCCUGCACAAUCUUUUAGGUCACCAUUUAUGGUAGGACCUUAUAUGUUGCCACAAACUGGUUCAGAUGAUUCAAUUGUUGGGUGUACUGUCCAAUCUGACGUGUCUGAUGGUAGCUGUAUGGCACUGCCCCCCAGACACAAGGUUAUUGGAAACACAAACCAAUUAAAAUUAGCGCACACAACAAUAUCUACUGCAGAUGGAAAGCUGGAGAAGGAUGUGAGAAAAGUCGAGUUGGGGGUUAUAGACCCCCCAGGUACAUUUAGGGAAUUGUCAUUAAAUGCAGAAGCAGGUGCUGUUGAAUUAACUCUUCCAGUACCAGUGGUAAAUCCCACAACAUCAGAUCUGGAAGAACCUGAGAGCAAUGAUGAUGUUCCUUAUUUUUCUGAUAUUGAAGCUAUGAUACUUGAAAUGGACCUGUGUUCAUAUGAUGAUGAUACCUAUUUUAGUAGGCGAGUCUCAAGGUAUCAGCAUGAUGAUUCUAAGAGGAAAAUCGUAAGGUUGGAACAGAGUGCUCGAUCCUCUCUACAAAGAACCAUUGCAUCACAAGGUGCCCUAGCAAUCUUGUAUGGUCGCCAGUCCAAGCAUUUCAUUAGGAAAACUGAGGUCAUACUUGGAAGAUCCACAGAGGAAAUUGAUGUGGAUAUUGAUUUGAGUAAAGAAGGGCGUGGAAACAAAAUAUCCAGGCGGCAGGCAAUUGUCAAGAUGGAAGAUGAUGGAUCUUUCUUUCUGAAAAAUCUUGGGAAGAGUUCAAUCUCACUGAAUGGAAGAACAGUUGGUACUGGGCAGUUAAUGGGACUUACUUCUUGUUGCUUGAUUGAGAUAAGAGGGACAAGUCUUGUGUUUGAAAUAAAUCACAAAUCUGUCAGGCGCUACUUAGACAACACUGCCAAGAAAAGCCAAGAACUGAGAACAAAUUUCAAAUGGUCGCCUGAGGAGGAGCCCGCCCUGAGUUGAGGAAUGCUUUGAUAAGGUGCAUUCUGCUUUCCGCUUUGUUUGGAUAAUGAGUCAUAUGGUUGUAAAGCCUUCUCUUGUUAUGGGGAGAACUACUUUUGGUUUCCCAAUGUUAGAAAUGCGUAGUCACUUGAUCUUAUGCGUAUGAUUAAUAGUCCACCUCUUUCAUCUAUCUGUUGUUUGAAUGCAAUGUGCUUGCUUUCAAAUUAA